CGAAUAGCUGUCUAUUAAUGACAGAAGUGUUCACUUAGUAUUUAUUCGGUAUUAACUUAUUUACUCAUUAUACUAUGGCUACAACAAUGUUUAAGUUAUCAUCAGCGAUAAUAAAUUCAUCAAAAAACUAUCGCUAUGUCGUCGGUCUCAUCAAUAAAAGUCAUUUCACUACAACAAAUGUCACGCUGAGGAAGGAGCGGGAUACAUUCGGCGAGUUGGACGUGCCCGAUGAUAAAUUGUACGGCGCGCAAACCGUUCGAUCUGUUAUGAAUUUUCCCAUCGGCGGUAUUGAGGAACGUAUGCCGUACCCAGUUAUCGUAGCUUUUGGAAUUCUCAAGAAGGCUGCCGCUAAAGUUAAUGUUGAAUUUGGUCUGGACAAGAAGCUUGCGGACGCGAUCAUGCAGGCGUGUGAUGACGUCAUAUCCGGCAAACUAUACCGCGAGGGUCACUUUCCUCUCGUCAUUUGGCAGACUGGUUCCGGUACUCAGUCUAAUAUGAACACCAAUGAGGUAAUAGCCAAUCGAGCUAUCCAGAUACUGGGAGGCAAAUUAGGCAGCAAGGACCCCGUUCACCCCAACGACCACGUGAACAAGUCUCAGAGUUCCAACGACACUUACCCCACUGCGAUGCAUAUAGCAGUGGCUAUGGAACUGAGGGACCGCCUCAUGCCUGGCCUCGUGGCUCUGAGGGAUACCCUGGAUGCCAAGUCCAGGGAGUUUGAUAAGAUCAUCAAGAUCGGCAGAACCCACUUAAUGGACGCCGUACCCUUAACCCUCGGUCAAGAGUUCAGCGGCUAUGCCACUCAACUAACAUAUGGCAUAGAGAGAAUCGUAUCAACGUUGCCAAGACUCCAUUACUUGGCACUAGGAGGUACUGCCGUCGGUACCGGUCUGAAUACUAGGAAAGGUUUCGCUGAGAAGUGCGCUAAGGAAAUUGGCAAUCUUACUGGCAUCCCAUUUGAGUCCGCCCCGAACAAGUUCGAGGCGCUCGCGUGCCACGACGCCAUGGUGGAGGUGUCGGGCGCGCUCAACACGGUGGCCGUGUCGCUCAUGAAGAUCGCGAACGACGUGCGCCUGCUGGCGUCCGGCCCGCGCUGCGGCCUGGCGGAGCUGCUGCUGCCCGAGAACGAGCCCGGCUCCUCCAUCAUGCCGGGUAAAGUGAACCCAACUCAAUGUGAAGCUCUCACAAUGGUGGCGGCUCAGGUGAUGGGCAACCACGUCGCUUGCACCAUCGGAGGAAGCAACGGACACUUUGAAUUGAAUGUCUUCAAACCCAUGAUUGUAGCUAACGUUCUUAGAUCUAUCAGGCUUAUUGGUGAUGGCUGCCAGGCGUUCAACAAGAACUGUGCGGUUGGUAUUAAAGCGAAUGUAAACCAAAUUAACAAGAUCAUGAGAGAGUCUCUCAUGUUGGUGACCGCCCUCAACCCGCACAUUGGAUAUGAUAAGGCCGCUCAAAUCGCAAAGACGGCUCACAAAGAAGGAGGUACUCUUAAAGACACCGCUAUCAAACUAGGAAUCCUAACCGCUGAACAAUUCGACCAAUGGGUGAAGCCCGAAGAUAUGUUAGGACCUAAGUAAGACAAGAUCAACAAAUAAAAUUAUAUGACAAUAGCUUUAUAUAUAAAAACUGCGAAGUUUGUCUAAGGUCUAAGAUGUGCCACUUGACAGAAUGUGUAAUUCUAAUAAAGUACAGUAAUAAAUUUGUAUACUUAAUAAUUGAUGUAUGUACGACUCAAAUGUUUUAUAUUAUUUAAUGUUACUGCCGAAACAGUAUGAUUUCAAACAAGUUCUAUAAUGUGUUUUAAUAUAUAAAAAAAUAGUUUGUUAAUAUAUUACAAUUUAUAUAACUAUAAUUUCAUUUUUAAUUAUUUCAAGUAAUCUUUGAAAAUAAACAACAGGAAUUUAUAUUUAAUAAUUAUACAUGUAUUUAUAAAGCUAUUAUUGUAUAUGUUGUAGGAUGUAUGAAGUGAUUAAAAACUUAAAUUAUUUGAUGAUUAUUGUUUAAAAGUAUUUUGUUACAAUAACUGUCCCAGUUCUAUGGGAAAAUGAACUGAAUACUUACAUUUGAAGAUAUGACAAAACUAACAAAUAUAACAUUAUAUAGAAUGUCAACAAAAGGUUGAACGAAAUGACUGGUAAAUGUUUAGUUUAAAUAUCAAAUGAUAACAGGCAACAAAAUGUAGAACUAACACAGAAAAUGACAGACGAUUUUUUAAUUUUCAAUUAAUUUUUUUUUUAAUAUAAAAAAAAACAACAAAAUUACUAAUUUAGCCUCGAGCAACGCCUUAAACAAACAAAUUUUCACACAUAAUAUUUGUAACAUCUUGAAAUUAUUUUUUUUGUUAAAUAACAGUUUAAAGGAUUUCUGCUUUCUAUGGAAAACAAUUUACAAAAAUAAAGGGUCGGUGCAAUUAAAGUCAUACUCAAUAUCAACUAUGUUAUAUUUUUGCAACGGAAUUAAAUAAUAUUUAUAUAAUACAUCUUUGGUAAAAUAAAUACACAGCAUGUCUGGAAUGUAAGUUUUCAGUGAUUAAGAUUUUGGAAUGUUUAUUUACAUGUAUACAUAAUUGUUUCAUUUAUUAAAUAAUAAAUAAUGUUCAAAAUA